UAAAUCGGAAAUUUUGAGCCUCACUCUACCUGAAAAUUGCGACCAGUUAGCAUCUAUGUAAAUUCACAAAAUCUAUAAAAUAGGUCCCACCCGCCUCCGACAUCCGACUCGCAUUUCGUUUCUCGUGGAGGAGCUGCAACAUGCCUUGCAUAUUUAAUCCCGGCUACAUCGGACCCGAUCCACCCUGCUGUGACCCGAACUGCGAGGAGGAGGUGCACUGCACGGUUCCGGAGUGUGGGGUCUGUCCGGAGUCCCAACUGCCCCGCUGCAAUCCAGCCCCACAGCCAAAAACUAAGCCGGAGCAGCAGACACCGAAACAGAAGCACCAGAAGGAGCAGUAGUAAAGAAGGGAGGCGGAGCAGAGGAUUGUUUAUAGCGAUAGACCUGUUCUUUUGUUGGGAUGCGUCUAAAGCCCAAACCGAUUUUAUCCAAUAUGUGGCUAAUACACAAUAAACUAGGGGAACAAAUGAGUUUUAAUAAAAUCUUGUAGUAAUUA